AUGUACGUCGUUCGAUUUCCCGCAAGUCGGAAAGUUCAAAGCCCGACGAAGGUGAGCUUCGACAGUCGAUUGCCAGACGCUCUCAGUACCAGGGCCGCGAUGACGAAGGUGAGCUUCGACAUUCGAUUGCCAGGCGCUCCCAGUACCAGGGCCACGACGACGAAGGUGAUGUGCGCCGUUCAGUUGCCCGCAAGUUGGAAAGUUCAUUGCCUGACGAAGGUGAUGUUCGCGUUUCGAUUGGCCGCAAGUCAGAAAGUUCGAGGCAAAACGAAGGCCAUGCCCACCGUGCCAGCCGGUAUGGAGACGACGGAAGUGCGACUGGAUUCUCUCCUUCGGCCAGGAGGUCAGACUAUGGCCUGGGCGAUGCAGGCCGACGCGCUUCUCGCCGCAGCACCCGGCUAUCCGAAGGUUCUGAGCAGCGAAUGUUGUCCCAGCCGCCGGUGUCACCGGACUCCACGGAGACAGAGCUUUUCACUGGUCAUGGUCAACACGGCUUUCAACGAAAAUCGGAGGUCCGUCAUCCGGAGCGACCCACCGAACUGA